AUGAACAACCUGAAAUCUGACCUCUGUCAUUGGAAUAUAAAUGUGUUUGGUAACAUUUUCAAAAGGAAGAGGAGGCUGAUCAACAGGUUGAAUGGAAUUGAGAGGAACUUGAAUGGAGUUGCUAAUUCUUUUUUAGAGGACCUCAAAACAAAGCUUUGGAGGGAGUAUGAGGACAUCAUCUUCCAAGAAGAGAUUCUCUGGUACAAAAAAUCUAGAUGCAAGUGGCUAAAAUUUGGUGACCGUAAUUCAAAAUAUUUUCAUGGGAUCACCAUGGUAAGAAGGAAAAAGAACCGAAUUGAAGCACUGCAAAACGAUAGAGGAGAAUGGAUCAACCACAGUGAAGGGGACCACCUGGAAAACCUAGUGACUGAUUUCUUUGUGAACUUGUACACUGCUGAAGGGAAUCACAUACCCUUCUGUCUCUCGGGAGCAUUUCCCCCUCUUUCACCUUCUGCUUACGCUUGUUUGGCUAAAAUGGUGACCUCUGAGGAAAUCAGAAGUGCAGUUUUCAGUAUGGGGGGUUGCAAAGCCCCUGGACCAGAUGGAAUGCAAGCCAUCUUCUACCAAAGCAAUUGGGGUAUAGUUGGAGAUGCCUUGUCUGAUUUUGUGAAAGGAAUUUUUUAG